AUGUCGUUCAUCACAAUCCCACAAGACAGCGACUUCACACUCGCCAAUAUCCCCUUCGGCGUCUUCUCCACCUCCACAAAUUCCACCCCUCGUCCGUGCACAGCUAUCGGAAAUCAUGUUCUCGACCUUUCCGCUCUAUCAUCUACCAUCCUACCAAAGGUCCUAUCUUCAGAUGCAUCUGAAAUCUGUAGUGCUCUUCAGAAAACAACGCUCAACGCAUUCGCAGCGUUAGGACGGACCGCCCGAAUUGCUGUUCGAAAUGCUAUUAUUGAAGCCGUAAAGACUGGUUCGCAAUGGCAGUCUGAGGUUGAAAGCGCAUUGGUUAAGAUGGCAGAUGCUAAGAUGCAUCUUCCAAUGGAGAUUGGAGAUUACACUGACUUCUAUGCUGGGAAGAACCAUGCUUUCAACGUUGGUGUUCUCUUCCGUGGUCCAGCAAAUGCCCUCCAGCCAAACUAUACCCACCUUCCAGUCGGUUAUCACGGUCGAGCCUCCACGGUCGUAGUCUCCGGCACACCCCUCAGACGCCCGCUUGGACAAACCUGCCCUCCUACAAACUCCACCCCAAAUUUCGACCAAUGUAAUAGACUUGACAUCGAACUCGAAAUGGCUUGUUACGUUUCCCGACCAAAUGAGAUGGGCAGUCCGGUCGAUAUUGCCAAUGCCGAAGACCACAUCUUUGGAUACAGUCUUAUGAACGAUUGGAGUGCUAGAGAUAUACAGGCUUGGGAAUAUGUCCCACUUGGACCUUUCAAUGCCAAGAACUUCGGGACUACCGUUGGAGCCUGGAUUGUUACCGAUGAGGCUUUGGAGGGGUUUAGGACUGCACAGUUGGAGGGUGGAGAGGUUUUGCCGUAUUUGAAGGACGAGAAGAGAAGUGGAAAGGGGGUGUUCGAUGUCGAGCUUGAAGUACUCGUCAAGCCGGCCGGACAACAGGAGUUCUCAAGAGUAUUCACUUCAAACUCGAAGAACCUACUCUUCUCAUUCUCGCAGAUGCUUGCGCAUCACACUAUUACUGGUUGCGCCAUGCGUACCGGUGAUUUACUGGGGUCGGGAACCAUCUCCGGCACCGAUAAAACGUCGGUCGGAAGCUACCUCGAAGCCACACAAGGCGGUAAGGAAGACAUUGAUAUCAACGGCGUGAAGAGGAAAUGGUUAGAAGAUGGAGAUGAGGUUAUCUUGAGAGGGCAUGCGGGCAGCGGAGAAGGCAGAGUUGGGUUUGGAGAGUGUUCCGGUGUGAUUCUGCCGGCGGAGUGGGGGAGGUGGAGUAAAGUCACUGGAAUGAAAAAAGAGUGA